AUGUCGACUUCUGGGAGUAAUAAGCGCCCAGCACAAGAGCCAUUAAGCUCAAAGGCUCAAAAUAAAAAAUCAAAGGAGCAAGGCAAUAGUACUUCCAUUAGUACAGCUGGCUUUGGGAAUUAUGGAAAGAACAUCCUUUCACAGAACGCACUUCGAGUAACGGGGGCCAUUGAUACAAAGCAAUUUGUAAUCGCACGUUUACCAGAAAUGAAUGCCAUGCAAUCUGUGAUUAAAGAGACAAGGUGGAAAGGAUUGCCGCCACAACUACGUGCCCAUCGUCGUCGAGCAGCCAGCUACAAGCUCACCGGGUUUUCCGCAAUGAGUAGAGCUAAGAUUUCCUCAAAGAGGGGUCGUAUGUUUAUCAAAGGAAAAAAACCGUUGCGUACAAUGUUCCAGCUUAAGCCAACAGUUUAUGCAAAAGAGUACCUUUACAAGCAAUCUAAUAAAAAAUGGCUGGAAACACACAUGUGGCAUGUUAAGCGAAUGAAGAUGGUUAAUAUCUGGGGUCAUCGACUGGCUUCCCAUCCUAAUAUGAAGUCAUCCAGAAUAUUUUACAGAGCGUUUACACAAGCUGCAGUUAUUCACGAUGCUUCCUAUGAAUCCUGUGUUGAAUUAUCCGGUGCAUCAAAACAAAUUGUUCGCAUCCUAAACACAAUAACUGACCCUUCACUUCCCUCUGUUGGUAGUGCAAGAUACAAUAAAGGACAGCGUAUGGGAAAGACUUAUUUAUACGAGUACAUGCAAUAUCCUACAAAUCUCAUUUGCCCUAUCGAAUAUCUGUGGAGACCCAGUAAAGUAGAAGGAGAGCAAGGGAUGAUUUGGGUAUGGAUACAUCCCUCUGCUUACACGGAAGCCUUGUGUACCUUGAAAGAGGCUAUCAAGCACGGGAACGAGAAAUCUACUGAAAAUAUUCAAAUCUGUGAACAAAAAGAAAAGCUGGUCCGAUUCAAUCUUGCUGGUCCACAUUCAACAGCACUACUACAAUCCAUAUUUAGACCAAUUGAGGAAGCCGAAGUUCAGAUAGAGAGAGCAAAUACCACUGAACAAACUCAAUUGUGGGAUGAUAUAGGAUCCCUAAAAUCUGCUUGUUCUUUAUCCCCUGACGUUAUUAUUGGACUGACAGUACAAGAUCCACGCCUAAAAUUUCCUCAGCUAAAACGACCUCAGAUUCAUGAGGUAUCUAACGAAGUAGAGGCACGGCUUUCUACUCUCAUCCGUGAAUGGCCCAUUGAUGUUGCUUAUUCUGAUAUAUGGGAAAGUACUUCUCGACAAGCAUCUUUGGAUAGCAAAGUAUCGGAGUAUGCAUUAAAUAAGCGCCGGGAAGAGAAUGUCGUACCAGGAACGAAGUUGGUCUUUACUGAGAAAGAUAGCAGGAUACCUAUCUUGCUAGUAUGCCGUACAUGUCCUGUCGUAGACGAUUCCACAAUCCAAACAUCAACAUCGGUAUCAAGUCGAAUUGAGAGCUGGUCAAUUAUACUUCCAAGCGGAUGGGGAAUGCCAUUUUGGACUUCACUUUUGUUCGCUGGGGCCAAACCAAUUGGACUAGAAAAUGUUCGGUCUUUGGCCCUUGAAACUGGACAAUGUUGUUUCCCUUAUGAUUAUCCUAGCACUCGUGCGUUUGCAGCGCAGAAAGCACAAAUGGAAGAAGCUAACCUCAAAAAAUGGUUGAGUAGACCACCAGCAAAGCGCGAAAACUUCAAACGCAUUGGUGUCGAUCAUCCAUUUGCGGCUCAAUUUGAUACACUAUUCAGGAAGAAUGGCAGUACUGAUGAUGUAUUGGAUUGUGUACCGAAGCCAAACUAUAGCCUAAUUCAAGGGGCUAGAAUGAUAUCUUCUAUAGCAACAAGUUCUUCGGAGACAAGUUCACAGGCUGCUCUAGAAAAGGCUGUUAUUGAAUGUCUCUCUAAACGAAGCCUUAAUAUCCUAUCUUCCGUCAGCCUGAAUUCCACCUUGGUGAAAGUUCGAGUAAAAUAUAUUGAGAAAAAAGUCCCAUUUCCCAAUGCGCUGGUCUAUCUUAUUGAGAACCCUGAUGAUUAUAUGCGACACACAUGGUACAUAAGAAACCGUAUGCCGGUGCACCAAAGCAAAAAAGAUAUAAAGCUAUCGUUAAAAAAUGAGACUAUGUCCGAUACUACUUUAGAUGAGAAACAUCAUGUUUUGCCUAGCUCACAACAAAUUGGAUAUAUUACCAACGGUGCAUUCUCUUUAAUGCACGGAUGUGGUAUUGACCGGCUCAACUACAACUACUUUGCUAAAAGUGACAAUAUUAUAAUAAACCAAGUAGCUAACACUACUGGAGUAAAAAGCGUGUUUAAGAUGUUCUUCAGCAUCCUCAGUGUAUCUCCUAAAAAAUAG